CAAAUAAUAAGGACGAGGAUCUUCAGACAUACGCCGACACAACUAUGUGGUGUUCUUCAUUUAGUUGUUGAGGUGUUACUAGUACCUCUUGUUUUCGAAGGUGGCUGAAGAUCCCCAUGCCAAAUCAUCCCAGUGAUUUGUGUAAUGAUCUUCCCAAGUAAGUACAUGCGGCAUGAUGAGUCCCCGAAUCCUGAUUACCCCAAACAGAUCAACAUUAGCUGUUGUUGUAUUCUCUCAUCAUCGUCAGAAUCUUAUGUUUGUCGUGCUCCACAUACUAACAAACUGACUUUCAUGGCAUACAAUAAUAUUAAUUAGAUGUUGACAGGAGAGACUGAGACACGGCGCAUAGGCAUACAAUUACAAAUAUUUCAUCUUCAUCUUCAUGUGAUGUACUAGAAAGAUUUGAACUAGUCCAAAGAUAUUACUACUACAAGUCGAGUCGCACUACCACUAGUACCCUCUUCAAGAGCCAGUAAGGUCCUUAUAUAUUCUUACUUGACGGCGAACCACACGGUCUUGCAUAUUAGUGUCAUUACCGGAGCUGGUGGGAGAUCCUUGCGGGGAUACUAAGAGGCGCGAUUUUGAUAAAAACUUGCACAUUGAUUGCGUCCCAUGGUUGAUGUAUGACUAUCACUGCCUGAUAUUGACUAGACUUCGUUCAUUUCCUUAAGUGAAAGACUGCGUAAAGUGAUGGGCGUCAAGGUGUUACGGCAGUAGAAGUACUAGAAGACGAAGAACACGAAUUAACAUGAUUUACCCUACAAAUACAUAUAUCCCGACAACAACUACGACUACAAAGACAGCGAUGUCUGUCAUAUGGGUACCACUACAAAAGCCACAAAAUAUGGUAGUUUUCAGCGUGAAAGAUUGCAGAAGUUGCAAGCCUGAGC